UCUCGGUCAAAGUUCGGGUUUGUGUCAGAUCGCAUAUCGUCGGGGGUUAGUGUGACGUUGCAUUGCUUGAAUGAUAAGGCUUUGUGUUGCAGGAAGGUUAUGUUAAUAAUUCGUCCAUUAUUGUUAUAUAGACUCUACACUGUGGCAUUUAUUAUAGAUCCAGGAAUAUCAGUGCAUGCCUCGAAACCACAUUAUUAGGAACAGGUGAGCUAUAAGCUAGCUAUAUUGGACUGAAAGGGCAUAAUUUCCUUUGCCAGCAAUUGUUGACUACAGCUCAGCUACGUUACCUGUUGUACUGAAAAGGCAUCAUGGCAGUAGCCGGAAUCGUCGUGAGCGUGGCACUGGUGGUCAUAUUGGUAUAUGUAGCCUACUUUCUUGUCAGUACGGUAAGCUCGAUUCGGAAGCAGAGAGCAGUGCUUCUGCAAUGGCCAGGCCUCCCCGUCCACUGGCUCUAUGGAAACCUUCAUCAGCAUCCGAUGGCAAAUCUGAAAACACGCACCGAGUCACCAGAGGAAGGCUUCAUAUUCAACUGUAAACUGACAGACAAGUUCCCCAGAGGAUUCUACUUACUUUUUGGCCCGACGGGAGGUUUUCUUUUGGCAAACCACCCGGACAUCUGUAGACCUGUGAUGAAAGGACGCGAUCCCAAGCCACUGAUGCAGGGCCAGCCUUCCUACAAUUUCUUGCGGCCCUGGCUGGGUGACGGUCUGCUCCUUGCCAAGGGCGAUACCUGGCUCCGUAAUCGUCGCCUCCUCACCCCGGCUUUCCACUUUGAUGUCCUCAAGCCUUACGUACCAGUCUACAACGAGGCGGUGGAUGUAUUCAUGACCAAGCUGGACAAGUGUGCUACCGAUGGAGUUAGUUUUGAAGUCACCAAGAACAUCAGCCUCUUAACCCUCGACGUCCUCCUUCGAUGUGCCUUCUCGUACGAAUCAGACUGCCAAAUCAGAGGUGAUAAGCAUCCUUAUGUGAAGGCCACGUCCCAGUUAUCGACCAUCGUCAUAGACAGAAUGUUUUCGAUGCUUCUUUACUUCAAUUUGCCGUUCAAGCUGUCUUCAAUGGGACGCAGGUUUAUGAAGAGUUGCGACUUUGUUCAUAACGUGUCUGAUGAGGUCAUAAAACGGCGUCGAUCAGAACUGGAGGCAAAGAAGCAACAUCCAGACGCUGGGUCUGAACGCAAGUACCUGGACUUCUUGGACAUCUUGCUGUCCGCCAGAGAUGAAGACAACAAGGGAUUGACGGAUCUGGAGAUCCGUAACGAGGUGGACACUUUUCUUUUCGAGGGUCACGACACCACGGCCAGCGGCCUGACCUGGAUGCUGUAUGCCAUGGCAACCAAUCCUGAUCAUCAGAGGAAAGUCCAGGAGGAAAUUGAUGAGGUGAUGGCGGGCAGAGAGUCGGAGGAAGUCUUGUGGGAGGAUCUUGGGAAGUUCAAGUACCUGGUGCAGUGUCUCAAGGAGACGAUGAGGAUGUACCCUCCGGUGCCGUACAUCAUGAGGGUUCUGGAGAGGGAUGUUGAAAUUGAUGGCAAGGCCCUCCUAGCUGGAACAACCAUACAAUUAGCCAUCUACUGCCUUCACCAUAACCCUCUCAUCUGGCCUGAUCAUAUGACUUUCGAUCCUGACCGAUUCUCUUCUGAGAAUAUCCAGAAAAUGGACCCCUUCUCUUAUCUACCAUUUGCUGCAGGUCCCAGGAACUGUAUCGGGCAGAAUUUUGCCAUGAACGAGGAGAAAGUGAUCCUGGUUCGUCUGUUGAGGAGGUUCCACCUGGAGUUGGACCCCAACCACCCGGUCAAGUUCUCCGGAGAAAUGAUCCUGAAAGCUCAGAAUGAUAUCAAGAUCUAUCUCAAGCCACGCGUGUAAUUUCAUUUUGUGAUAUGGAUCGUCUGACGUGACCAAAACGUGUUUCGAAAAUUAAUACAUGUUCUCCGAUAGCUCUAUUUGACAGGAUUAUUUUUUAACAAUGUUGAGUAUCAUACUGAGAUAACGGUUCGUUCAAUCAUAUUUUAAUAACAAUUUUGUACAUUGUCUAAGAUUCUGUGCAAAUUAAAAUUGCAUAGAUGUGACAUGAUAUAUGCAAUUACGUUUUGAAUGUGGCACCCGAGAAAUGCAUGUUCAAAAUGAUGUCUGGUUUUGAAGACUUAAAUCAACUCAAGAUCAAACAGAGAGGAAGGAUUGAAAAGUUCUUAUUAAAUACCAAAGUAAUAUGCAUAAAGGAAUCUUCAGGCGGAGUUUAUCAUGAAACCAAUGCUGUUCGAAGACCGAAAAGUAAGACUGAAAAGAAGAGUAAGGUUUUUUAGUAUUGGUUUCCCGGCUAUUUUUAAACAUUUUUCGUACGAAUUCACUGAUUCUUUUAUUCAAAUUCGUCUAGCAUGCAACAUCGAUUUAGUGCACUUCCAAUGGUUAAUUUCGUCUUUUGCCAGACAAUUUCAAAGUAAGUCUAAACAAAUUCAAACAAUGAGCAAAGUGAAUGUUUUCGACCCGGAUUAUUCGAUUUCGUCUACUUCGAGUCGUGUUAUUUCAAGAAAUCAAAUUCGUCUAAUUGAUAUAUAUAAGACGAAUUCGAUCCUUGAAUGCUGCCUUGUGUCAACAGCUUAGACGAAUUUGAUAUGUAAUGACAAAUAUUCUCGACCCGGUGACUAAAGAGGGUGACUGAACUGUAAAAUUCAAUGGUACACGACUAAAAGUUUAUUUUGUUAAAAGCGUGUGAAAUUUAUCGUGGACGAAAUUGAAGGAUGGAGUUGGUGAAUUUGAAUGAAAAAUCUUUUAAAAUAGCCGGGAAAAUCUAUCUAAAAGAAAUGCACUUAAUACCUUGAUAGUUUUAUAGAAAUGUAUUCGUGACCAGGGAAAAUCCAUUGAUGGAGCUUUGCCAUUAUAAACGGGUUAUAUAAUAGGCCUGCAGUUAACAACACAUGUACAUUUGUUUAGAUUUACAAUGAUCGAGUCAUUUGAUUUCUGAACUGUUUCAGCGCGAUAACUUGGGAAAUACUUUACUUUACCUGAAAUUUUGUUUGUGGGUUGCUCUUGGUAAUCUUAAGAAGCCUAUUGCUUUUUGGCCGACGGGUCAAAGGUCAAGGUCACUAUUGUCAAAACAAUAGAUAUUUUCUGAGCGCGAUUACUGCAAA